UAUCUGUGUAUAAUAAUUCGCUUGGAUUUUCAUCGAAAGUUCUCAAAAUGACUUCAACGAUGAGCGCUUUAUGUGUGGCUGGGGACAGAACCACCGGCCAAUCCGUCCGAACACAAAAUGUAAUGGCAGCUUGUUCGAUUGCCAACAUUGUGAAAACCAGUUUGGGUCCGGUGGGCCUGGAUAAGAUGCUGGUUGACGAUGUUGGGGAUGUAACCAUCACUAAUGAUGGAGCCACCAUUCUUAAGUUGUUGGAAGUUGAACACCCAGCUGCAAAGGUUCUUGUCGAACUUGCUCAAUUGCAAGAUGAAGAAGUUGGUGAUGGCACAACAUCUGUUGUAAUCAUAGCUGCAGAACUGUUAAAAAAUGCAGAUGAAUUGGUUAAGUAUAAGAUCCAUCCAACCUCCAUAAUUAGUGGCUACAGGCUGGCCUGCAAAGAAGCUUGCAAGUACAUACAAGAUAACUUGACCAUAUCAACUGAUGAACUUGGCAAGCAGAGCAUCAUCAAUGCUGCCAAGACCAGCAUGUCCAGCAAAGUCAUUGGGUCAGAUGAUGAAUUUUUUGCUAAUCUGGCAGUAGAUGCAGCCCAUGCUGUGAAAGUUAGUGACGGGAAAGGAGGUUUCAAGUACCCCAUCAAGGCAAUAAAUGUCCUGAAAGCCCAUGGCAUGAGAGCUGUUGAAAGUGUCCUAGUUAAUGGAUAUGCUCUUAAUUGUACUGUUGCUGCUCAAGCCAUGCCAAAGAGAAUCACGAAUGCCAAGAUAGCUCUGUUGGACUUCAGUCUUCAGAAGGCCAAGAUGAAGUUAGGAGUGCAAGUGCUUGUCAACGAUCCUUCUAAGCUGGAGGCAAUCAGGCAGAGAGAAAGUGACAUAACGAAGGAGAGAGUCCAGAAGAUUCUGUCCACGGGCGUGAAUGUGGUCUUAACAACCGGGGGCAUUGACGACCUCUGCACCAAAUAUUUCGUCGACGCUGGGGCUAUGGCUGUUAGGAGGUGUAAGAAAGUUGAUCUGAAGAGGAUUGCUAAGGCUACUGGAGGGCAGUUGAUAUCGACUCUUGCAAACAUGGAGGGUGAGGAAAGCUAUGAUGCCAGCAUGAUGGGACAGGCUGAUGAGGUCAUUCAAGAGAGGGUGUCUGACGAUGAAUUGAUUCUUAUUAAGGGACCCAAGGCUCACACAUCAGCCAGCAUCAUCUUGAGAGGAGCAAAUGAUUUUCUGCUAGAUGAAAUGGAAAGAUCUCUUCAUGAUGCCCUCUGCGUUAUCAAGCGUGUCCUCGAGUCAAAAUCCGUCGUCCCCGGUGGUGGAGCUGUGGAGGCUGCUGUCUCCAUCUAUCUCGAGAAUUUCGCUUCAUCUCUUAGUUCCAGGGAACAGUUGGCCAUUGCAGAGUUUGCAAAUAGUUUGUUGGUGAUUCCUAAGCAGUUGGCAGUCAAUGCAGCUCUCGAUUCAACCGAUCUGGUGGCCAAACUGAGAGCUUUCCAUAACUCUUCUCAGACUAAACCUGAGCAUAAAGAAUUAAGAUGGAUUGGUCUCGAUCUGAUAGAAGGAAAGGUUCGUGACAACAAGGAAGCAGGUGUUUUUGAACCAACGAUCUCCAAGAUCAAAAGUUUGAAAUUUGCCACAGAAGCUGCCAUAACCAUUUUGAGAAUUGAUGAUAUGAUUAAGCUGGCCCCCGAACAACCCAAGGGCAAAUCUUACGGUGAUGCUUGCAACGCCGGAGAGCUAGAUGAUUACUAGGCAGUGCCAAGGGCGAGGCUACUGAAUAUUAAUGAAUGAAUAAAUUAAUAAUUAAUUAACUAGUUGAUCGGUUCUUCGUGGUGAUGCUGAGUGAUUAGAUGCUUGCUUGAGAUUAGGCAGUGUGGAGGGAAGGUUGAAUGUUAAUGAAUGAAAAUAUUUAAAAUAAUAUGUUCAUUAAUAUGUUUGGCUGAAUGUUUAUAAAUAGACAAAUGAAUAAAUAAAUAAUAAAACUAGUUGAUUGGCUGUUAUUAAUUUUCGUUUGCGGUUAAUUAUAACAAAAAAAUGUAAAUUUUACAUUUUUAUAAACGAACAUCUUGUUCAGUCAUUUGUUUCUAUUUUUCAUUGAUUAAAAUGUUCUGAGGUGGCUAUAGCGAGAAUGAUGGGUUUCUAAUACGGAAAGGAUUAGCUCGUAUGUAUUUAUAUAUUUUCGUUCUUGACAACCUAAUUUAACUUUAUACCCAUGUACGUGUAUGCGUGUUUAUUUCAUCAUCGUUUAUUUCUUAGUAAUAAAAUGUUUUAUUAUUACUAAUCGAA